CCAUUCCUUAUUUUGCUGCUUACUGCUCGUAAAGGAGCAAUGCUUAGAGCGUAUGGAAUGUUCAGUCUCAUAACGAGGAACUAUGUGGUCGACGCGUUUGCGGAUGCGUAUCACGAUAGUCGUGAGCUGGUGAUGCCACGGGCUGGAUUUUACAGCAGUUUCGAGCGCAGAGGAAUGACUGCUCCGAGUUUCAUUUCGACGGCCCUGGAUUAUGUGCAGAAGCUGCCCACUAUGGGUGAUUUAUUUGGAUUUCUCCGGGCAUAUCCGGCGUACUUCAACACGUUCGUGCGGUACAUCGAGCGGAACAGUAAGGAGGAAUCUGCUCCAGCCGCCAAUGACAAAAAAAAGCUGAAGGCUGGAGCAGCCCAAGAAGAGGAGGAAGCGGAAGAAGUGGGUGGCGAAAAUGAGGCGGCGGUGCAACUUCUAGCCACCUGGUUUCCGUUGCUGCGCCCUGUGCAACCACACUCGCAGAGGCGGCUCAAGAACUAUAUCUGCAUGGGCACUGCAGCACGAAGAGGAGGCCACCGUGGAGUAUAUUGCUGCGGUGGAAGUGGCCAAGGCGGAGGAGUCGGCACCUCGGCGGGAACAUGGAGGUGCAGCGCCCAGAAGAGGAGGCACCGGCAAAAGAAGAUUGAUUCAAUGCUGAGCUCGUUGUCGCGAGUUUGUACACUGUAA